GCAAUCAAACCAUCUUCAAGUAAUUCACUACCUCACCCUUUCUUCUCUCAUCAAUUACCCGUUCCGAUUUUGGAAAAAUGGUCGAUCUGGACUGGAAAUCGAAGAUGGUUUCCUCCGAUGUGCCCAUCACAUCGCCCAAACUAUCCAAUAAGCCACGAAUUUCGAUUCCAUCUCCGGUUCGAGCGGUCGAUAUUUCACCUGCUUCGUCAUCUUCCUGCGUCUCUUACGAGCUCUACCUUCGUCUUCCAGAGCUCUCGAAACUCUGGACCGCCAGAGACUUUCCCAACUGGAAAAACGAACCGCUUAUCAAACCAGCGUUGCAAGCUUUGGAAAUAACGUUUCGGCUUAUAUCGGUGGUCCAGGCAGAUACACGACCGUACGCGAAUGGGUUCGAGUGGAAGCGCCGCCUCGAGUCACUGGCUUCGAAUCAGGUUGAACUCAUCGCUCUUCUCUUCGAAGAUGGGGAAGAGACCGCCGAGACACGUGGAACCGCUCCGAUCAUUGAUGUUUGCACAUCCAACGGUGUUUUGGCCAGAUAUGGGAGUUUGGUUGAGGUGUGGAAGCACCCUGGAGCGACACCUGUUGUGAAUCGGACCAGCGAGAGUAGCUUGCUCCCUCCGCUUACCACGUGGCAGAAAUCGGAGGACAUGGCUUCCAAGAUUCUCUUUUCCAUCGAGUGCGCGAUGCGUAGGUGUCCAUUCACUUUGGGUUUGGGCGAACCCAACCUCGCCGGCAAACCUUUACUCGAAUACGACCUCAUCUGUAAACCGUCCGAUCUCCAUUCCCUGAAAAAAAGCCCGUCUGAUCUGGACAACAACGAGAACCAUGCGCUCUUUACAACUCAUCAGAUAUUGGAAUCGUGGAUCCGCGCGUCUCUGGAGCUUCACGCACGGAUCGUUAAUAGAAUCGAUAGCCAAGAUUUUGGUAAAGCAGCGAACGAUUGCUGGUUAUUGGAACGAAUCUGGAAGCUCUUCGCAGAGAUUGAAGACCUCCACCUUCUAAUGGAUCCAGGGGAUUUUCUCCGUCUGAAGAGUCAACUCGCGAUCAAAGCUUCAUCGGAAUCCGACGCUUUUUGCUUCAGAUCUAAGGGAUUGAUUGAAAUCACGAGAGCAUCGAAGGAUCUGAAUCAGAAAGUUCCAGCAAUUUUAUCCGUGGAGGUGGAUCCAAAAGGAGGGCCGAGGAUUCAAGAAGCAGCCAUGAAGCUUUACCACGGCCACGGAGAAGGAGACUCAGGCAGAAUCCAUCUGCUUCAGGCUUUACAGGCAAUCGAAUCGGCUUUGAAGAGGUUCUUCUUUUCGUAUCGACAGCUUAUCAUGAUACUGAUGGGGAGCUUGGAGGUGAAGGGAAACAGAGGCAUGGUGUCUGCUGAUUCUAGCGAUGCGUUGUCUCAGAUCUUCUUGGAACCCACUUACUUUCCGAGUUUGGAUGCGGCAAAGACGUUUCUUGGGGAUUUCUUGCGUUACGAUCAUGGACUUGUAAGUGCGAAUGGAUCGAAUGGAAGAGUUCGAACAACAAAAAAUUGAGAGAGAUACUCAAGAGGAGAUGCCAUCUCCCUCUUC